GAGAGUUCUGCGUCUUAUAGAUCGUCUUCCUUCCUUCUCCACCACGAGCAGCUCCACAUUCUCGCAUAUUCUCUUCUCUCUUGGCUGCAUCUGGCGCACAGAGAGCCCAUGUUGUAAAUCCGCAAUUACCCAGACCAUCAAUCUACGGGUCCGAUCCUGCUCGGGCUCAAAUUAGAGUCACCUCGAUCGGAUACUUGUGGCUCCGAACCCGCCCUCAAAAUUCUUGGUCGCAGAAAUUUACUGCUUCGGAGCUCUCUUCGGAAGGCUGUGAGGGAGGGAGGGAGAGAGAGAGAGUGUGUGUGUGUGUGUGCGUGCGUGCGUGCGAGCGAGGAUUCCGUUACUGUCUGAGGCCAACCAGCUGUUUUCAAGGACAGGAUCGACUAGCAAGUAGCACGGGAUGGCACAGGUGAUGGGAGACAAGGACGUGAAGAAUGUGGAACAUCCGAUCCAUGAUGAUCCGCUUCACGAUGUGAAAGGACAGAUCGAGAGCGGUGUCGGAACGAUCAAGAGCGAACCUCUGUUCGAGGGAGCGAGCAGGGCCGAGAAGCUUCCGGAGUCCCGUGUCGGGGAUGCUCUGCUCACUGACAGUGCUCGAAAGCUGGAAUCGACUGGCGAGCCAAUGGAUACCGCAGAAGCCGGUUCCGCCGAUCCCCAAGACCUCGUAGUGAAGAGCGAUGUGGCGGAGACAUUCGCCAGCGAGUUCAAGGAAAACCACGGAGAAUCAUCAGGUGACAAGAAGGAAGAGAGCGUCUCGGACGACGGCGGGGACGCGGGCAAAUCCGAGCUCGCAGCAUCUGGCGACGAUGACGCACAGGGAUCCCAAGAGCACCCAGGAACGAAAUUCAAGAAAUUGACAGGCGCCGGAAUUCCUCGGGGCAAGCCGCACUUUCGUGUCAGUGCCCACCACGGGAACAGGGGCCUUGGCGACGCCUCCCUUCAAAGCGGAGGCCUAGGAGGUGGUCUUGGUGGCAGCGGAGGUCUUCGUGGAAGCUCUCGCGGGGGAGGUGGUCUCGCUCGAACGGGCUCUGGCCUGGGCUCGGGACUUGCCAGAACCGGGUCUGGAAUUCCCCAGGGUAGCAAUGAGCUGAAGGACUUCAGUGCGGCCCUCGCCGAGAGCGACACAAGCAAGAGUUCUGAUUCUCUUCCGGCCUCGCUUCCUCCGAGCACGGAUGCCAAAUCACAGACUGCAGAAGAAACGGAUGCCAAACUGGGUGACGCCACAGAUUCUGAGACGGCAGUUCAGACUGAGGAUGCUGCCGCCGAUAAGGUCGCAGCCACACGGGAAGCAGUAGCCGAGAAGAUGAUUGCUGCCAAGGAGACCAUCAUGGAGAAAGCUGGUGAAGUGAAGAUGGGUUUCGUUGCAACCUUGAAGGAUCAGCUGCUUCCGAUAAAGGACCCGCAAGUCGGCAGCAGUGACAUGGAAGUAGACGAUAGCGCUCCUGCCAAGUUCAGCCGCUCGCAGGGACCCAAGUUGGGAAUCUAUAGGAAAGAUUAGAUGUCAUGCCACAAGAUACUUGAACAGUUUGAUGGUGAAGAAUCGUCACCAGUUGUCGAAGUAGGUUUUGAAGGUACUCAUAGAUGAAAUAAUAUUUUAUCGUUUCUUACAAGUGGUGAUAACACGUAG